CCUUAACUAAUAUGAAUAUUACCAAUUCAAUUUCAUUUCCUCUUCCCCUUUCUCUUUCAUCUGAUGCGCGUUCCUCUUUUUUCUUCUCCCAGCCAAAGCAAAACUACCGAACAACAUCCACCACCACACCACUGCCGGCGAGCCGCGACCACUCUUCUCCUUCUCCAUCCAUCACCGCCGCACCCCCCUCUAUCUUCUAUAUUGAUUCUUUAGUUUAGAGAGCUAUCUCCAUCCAUCUCUCUCCACAAACCCUAAUUGUUGUAACUUGUAAGGUCUUCCUUUUCUUUUCAGUAUCAUAUCAUUCAUGUUAAUUGGGCUAUGCGCUUCAAAUAAAAAAUUAGCUAGAUUCUUCAGCUUUACAAUCAAGUAAACCUAUAUUCUUUAUAUUAAAUCUCACUUUGGUUGCCUCCGAUUUCAAAGCGCACAUUUUCGCAUCUAAUUCCAGGUAGAUUUUGAUGGAUACUGAAAACAGAACGGAAACCCUUGAAGCACAAGUCAAAGCCUUUUUUGAUUCUGCUCCUCCUUUGCACAACAGUCAUGAAAUAACUCAAAAAUUGAAUCAAUUCAUUCAACGCAAUUCUUCAUCAUCAGAAAAUGGGGAAGCUAGGAGAAUUGUUUGUGUAACUUCUGGUGGUACCACUGCUCCAUUGGAGCAACGGUGCGUUCGCUAUGUCGACAACUUUAGUUCAGGUCAUAGAGGGGCCACAUCCACUGAGUACUUUCUGAAGGCUGGAUAUGCUGUUAUCUUUCUGUACCGGAGGGGAAGUUUCCAGCCAUUUUGCAGAUCCCUUCCCGAGGAUCCCUUACUUGAAUGCUUCGAGCCCACCAACGACUUAAACAUUCAAGUUCGGAAGGAUUAUUCUAAAGCAGUGAAGAGUGCUAUCGUGGAUCAUCAUAUUGCAGUAGCAGGCGGUCACUUGUUAAAACUUCCUUUCAGCACUAUAUUUGAAUAUCUUCAGAUGUUGCAGAUAAUUGGAACCUCAACGAGGUGUAUUGGCCCACGUGCAAUGUUUUAUCUCGCUGCUGCAGUAUCUGACUACUAUGUUCCUUGGAAAGAUAUGGUGGAGCACAAAAUUCAGUCAGGAUCUCACCUCUUGGACGUGAAACUUGUUCAAGUGCCAAAAAUGUUGUCAGUGCUUAGGAAAGAUUGGGCUCCUCUGGCAUUCUGCGUAUCUUUCAAGUUGGAGACAGAUUCAAGCAUUCUUCUAAAUAAGGCUAAUGCAGCUCUUGAAAGGUACAAGAUGCAUGCAGUUGUUGCAAAUGAACUCUCAACUCGGAAGGAGCAAGUGCUGGUUACAACUGGUGUUGAGAAGAUUACUGUUCGGCGAGACAAUAGUGAGUCUGCUAAUGAUGUCGAAAAACCCUUGAUUAAACUUCUUUCAGAGAGACAUGCCACUUAUAUUGAGGAUUCCAGUAGGUGACUCUAUCGACUGACUUUGGCUCCGACCUUUGGUUUCUUGUCCUUGUUGCAAUUUUCAAGGCACUACAAUUUUGGUUGUAUGCCCUCUUGCCAUUCAUUUUUAAGUGGCAUUUAAAGUUAUAGAAUAAGAAAUACAAUAAUCUCUUCAUUUGUGUUAAAGCCAUGGUUUCAUUUCUUAGUACUAUCAUUUGUUAUAUCUUUACAAUUGUGUCAAAAUAAGGGCAUUAUUGUUAAAAUAA